CCCGGGGCAGGGUUAAAGUGGGAGGCCUCUGGCUCCGUCCCCUCCCGCUCAGUCUCCGGCGGGCCCUGGGUCCCCUCCCUCCUACCCACUCGGCGCCCGCAUCUCGGGCCGUCAGGACCCGGGCUCCUCUCGAAGUGCCCAGACGGCACCAGGACAUCAGGGCACAUGACUACAGUCAAGAUGCUCCAGGGUUCCUUUUCUGUGCUCCUGCUUGGGGGGCUCUUGGGAGUCCUCCAUGCCCAGCAGCAGGAAGUCAUCUCACCUGACACCUCCACCGUUGACAGGAACAACAACUGUCCAGAGAAGGCCGACUGCCCGGUCAGCGUAUACUUCGUGUUGGACACCUCGGAGAGCGUGACCAUGCAGUCCCCCACCGACAGCCUGCUCUAUCACAUGCAGCAAUUCGUGCCUCAGUUCAUCAGCCAGCUGCAGAACGAGUUCUACCUGGACCAGGUGGCCCUGAGCUGGCGCUACGGUGGUCUGCACUUCUCAGACCAGGUGGAGGUGUUCAGCCCCCCGGGCAGCGACCGGGCCUCGUUCACCAAGAGCCUGCAAGGCAUCCGCUCCUUCCGCAGGGGCACCUUCACCGACUGUGCGCUGGGCAACAUGACAGAGCAGAUCCGGCAGCACGGACCCCGGGGCGCGGUCAACUUCGCUGUGGUCAUCACAGAUGGCCACGUCACGGGCAGUCCCUGUGGGGGCAUCAAAAUGCAGGCCGAGCGUGCCCGCGAGGAGGGCAUCCGGCUGUUUGCUGUGGCCCCUAACAGGAACCUAAAUGAACAAGGCCUGCGGGACAUCGCCAACACCCCGCACGAGCUUUACCGCAACAACUACGCCACCAUGAGGCCCGACACUACCGAGAUUGAUCAGGAGACCAUCAAUCGCAUCAUCAAGGUCAUGAAACAUGAAGCCUAUGGAGAGUGCUACAAGGUGAGCUGCCUGGAGAUUCCUGGGCCCCAUGGACCCAAAGGCUACCGAGGACAGAAGGGUGCCAAGGGCAACAUGGGUGAGCCAGGAGAGCCUGGACAGAAGGGGCGACAGGGAGACCCUGGCAUUGAAGGCCCCAUUGGAUUCCCAGGACCCAAGGGUGUGCCUGGCUUCAAAGGAGAGAAGGGCGAAUUUGGAUCAGACGGUCGGAAGGGAGCCCCAGGCCUAGCUGGCAAGAAUGGUACCGACGGACAGAAGGGAAAACUGGGUCGCAUUGGGCCUCCUGGUUGCAAGGGAGACCCAGGAAGUCGGGGCCCCGACGGAUACCCAGGAGAAGCUGGAAGCCCAGGAGAGCAAGGAGACCAAGGCGCCAAGGGGGACUCUGGCCGCCCAGGACGCAGGGGACCACCAGGUGAUCCUGGAGACAAGGGAAGCAAGGGAUAUCAAGGCAACAACGGAGCUCCCGGAAGUCCAGGAGUGAAAGGAGGCAAGGGAGCGCCUGGCCCCCGGGGACCGAAAGGAGAGCCUGGACGCAGGGGAGACCCUGGAACCAAGGGCAGCCCGGGAAGCAAUGGUCCAAAGGGGGAGAAGGGAGACCCUGGUCCUGAGGGGCCCCGAGGCCUGGCUGGAGAAGUUGGCAGCAAAGGAGCCAAGGGAGACAGAGGUUUGCCUGGACCCAGAGGUCCCCAGGGGGCUCUGGGGGAGCCAGGAAAGCAGGGAUCUCGGGGAGACCCUGGUGAUGCCGGGCCCCGUGGAGACUCAGGGCAGCCAGGCCCCAAGGGAGAUCCCGGAAGGCCUGGAUUCAGCUACCCAGGACCCCGAGGAACACCCGGUGAAAAAGGAGAGCCCGGCCCACCAGGCCCUGAGGGAGGCCGAGGAGACUUUGGUCUGAAAGGAGCACCAGGAAGGAAAGGAGACAAAGGAGAGCCAGCUGACCCUGGGCCUCCUGGUGAACCUGGCCCUCGGGGGCCAAGAGGAGUCCCGGGACCUGAGGGAGAACCCGGCCCUCCAGGAGACCCUGGUCUCACGGAAUGUGACGUCAUGACCUAUGUGCGGGAGACCUGCGGAUGCUGCGACUGUGAGAAGCGCUGUGGCGCCCUGGAUGUGGUCUUCGUCAUCGACAGCUCUGAGAGUAUCGGCUACACCAACUUCACCUUGGAGAAGAACUUCGUCAUCAAUGUGGUCAACAGGCUGGGCUCCAUUGCCAAGGACCCCAAGUCUGAGACAGGCACACGAGUGGGUGUGGUGCAGUACAGCCACGAGGGCACUUUUGAGGCCAUCCGGCUGGACGACGAACGAGUCAACUCCUUGUCCAGUUUCAAGGAGGCUGUCAAAAACCUCGAGUGGAUUGCCGGCGGCACCUGGACCCCCUCGGCCCUCAAGUUCGCCUACAAUCAGCUCAUCAAAGAGAGCCGGCGCCAGAAGACCCGGGUGUUCGCAGUGGUCAUCACGGACGGGCGCCAUGACCCCCGAGACGAUGACCUCAACCUUCGGGCGCUGUGUGACCGAGACGUCACUGUGACAGCCAUCGGCAUCGGCGACAUGUUCCACGAGACCCACCAGAGCGAGAACCUCAACUCCAUUGCCUGCGACAAGCCACAGCAGGUACGCAACAUGACGCUGUUCUCCGAGCUGGUGGCCGAGAAGUUCAUCGAUGACAUGGAAGACGUCCUCUGCCCAGACCCCCAGAUCGUGUGUCCAGAACUUCCCUGCCAAACAGAUGAACCAUGGCCUGGGAGCAAGCCCCCGGUCACCUUCCUCCGCACGGAAGAGGGUCCGGACCCCACCUUCCCCAAGACCAUCCCCCUGAUCCAGCAGUUGCUAAACGCCACGGAGUUCACACAGAACCCAGCCGCCUACUCCCAACUGGUGGCUGUGAUGGUCUACACCGCCGAGAGGGCCAAGUUCUCCACAGGGGUCGAGCGGCAGGACUGGAUGCAGCUGUUCAUUGACACCUUUAAACUGGUGCACAGGGACAUCACAGGGGACCCAGAGUCCGUGCUGGCACUCUGCUAAAGCCCCGAGUUCACUGUGAGCAGAUAACCGGAGCUAGCCCCUCACUUCUCACAGAUUGCCAGGGCUGCCACCACAGCUGGAGUCUUAGACAGCAGGGAUCCGCCCUCCCUGUCCUGAGGCCAGAAGUCUAGAAUCAUAUAUCGUUAGGGUUACUGUCUCUGGAGGGUCCCUCCUACUUCCUCCAGCCUCCUGUAGAGCUACCAUCCUUGGCUUGUGGGCAUACCAUUCUAGAACCACUUCCCUGUUCUCUUUGUGUCUCUGUGUCCCCUCCUCCUCCUCCUCCUCCUCCUCUCUCUUGCUUUUGUUUUUGGUUUUCAUGUUUUGUUUCUGUUUUGUGUUUUGUUUUUGUAUUACAGCCUUAGCUGUUCUGGAACUUGCUUUGUAGACUAGGCUGGCCUGGAACUCAUGGAGAUCCACCUGCUUCUGCCUCCCAAGUGCUGGGAUUAAAGGAGUAGACUGCCACACCUAGCUUUGCCCUCUUCUUUAUGAGGACAUCAUUGUUGAACCAAAGGCCCACCUUAAAUUGCAGGUGCUCACAUUUAGCAAAGGAUUGUAUAGAGGGGAUUACAUUAAGGUUGUUUUGUUUUGUUUUGUGAGUCAGGGUUUCUCUGUGUAAUAACCCUGGCUAUCCUGGACAUACUUUGUAGACCAGGCUGCCCUCGAACUCACAGAGAUUCUCCUGCCUCUGCCUUCCGACUGCUGAGGUCAAAAGCGUACACCACAACGCACAGCUAUAUUAAGGUUCUUGAUAUAAACUUCUGGGCAUCUUU